CAAGCCCCUAUACGGCCACUAUUCUAGGGAGAAAGUUUAUCUUGAUGCUGCCUUCAGGCUUGUAGGAGUAAGAAAAUAACGAACCCAGCGGGACCUAAUUUCUCAGUUCUACUUCCGAGGUAGAAAGAUGUCUAGGUGUAAGCUCAAGAGUUAGCUGACUAGCUUGUGGCUCUGCUACUGUGGGUAGGGCGGGGCCUCUCUCUCGAGCGACCCUGGGGCUCGGUGGUUUCCCAGGUGACCGCCUCCUGGGAGGAAAGGGGCUAAGGCCCGGCUGCCACAGCCUGGUUUUCCCCAGAGGUGGUCAGGAUCCCGGACCCAGGAGGGUCGGCCCGAAGUAGGCCAAGCAUUUCCAGUGUGGGGACAUAGGCAGAACAAGGCGGGGCCUCGAUGUCAGUGGGAAGGGCUCUGUGGGCGUGGCUCUGGCCCGGAGCAACCAGCGGUCUCCCAGGAAAUCUAGCACUCUUGACCUGCGGUAGGUCCGUCUCAUAGGUCUGACCAGGGGACCGCGACGUACUCAGGCCAUGUCCCGGGACUCCCCAGCCCUGUGGGAGCUGGUGGAGGAGCAUGUUCCACUCCCGGAGCGGCCUGAAGUGAAGAGGAUUCUGGGGGAGGCAGCGGUGGACCUGAGCCUGGAGUUGCGAGAGGAGGUGGCGAUGCUAAAGGCACUGCUCCAAGAGUCUCGGUCUUCUCAAGCCUCGGGAUCCCACCCCAUGUCUGACUCUCCCUCCCUUCUGGCACCACCACCCCUCCUGAGGGAUAUCAUGCGCCAAGAACUCCGACAGUUGCUCCAAGGCCUCCGCCUUAAGGCUGUCUGUGAGGGCAGGGACCAGACUCAGGUGUGGGCCCAGUAUAGUCCCAGGGUCCUUCGCUUUGCCUUGGAGGAGCCCAGGUGUGACUCAACACAACAGGAACUAUCCCGGAUGAGAGCCAGCGAGCCCAGGACUAGAAUAAGCCACACGGAGGGGGUGAUGCUAACUCCACCUGUCAGCAGCUGUCACAGGGACCUCAGUGUCAUCAAGGACCAACUGAAUGUGUCUAACAUUGACCAGGUUGUCAGGCACCUGAGGAGCCUCCUGGAGAAGGAGUGUCAGAUGCUGCAGAAAGAGAUCUCUGACCUGCAGCACUGUCUGGAAACGGAGCAGAUGCAGGCUUGCCAGCCCUACAAGGCCACCCUAGAGCCCACACUGGCAGAGAUAAAGGAACAGAAGAAGGCCAUGGAACAGGAGCUACAGGUCUCUGUGGGGCCUUCCUGUGUCUCUGCCAAGCACAGGCAGAAGCCCUUGAGGUCCAUUCCGGGCUUCAGACCCUUUCCUUGUCUCCAUGGCUACAUGCCUACACCUCCUUCGGAGCGCUGCCCCCACCCUCAAGGUCAGGCAGUCACCCACCGCUGGAGACAGCUUCGGUACAGCUAUUGGGAAGAGCCAACCUCCACAUCAGUGUCCAGUGCGGCACCCCAGGCUCCAACCUGAAGGGCUGGUCAUAAAAUAGGCUUCUGCUGUAACUCGCCCAUCUGCUGUUCCCUCCAGCUGCCAUAGCUCUACCAGCUUCUGCUUCAUUCUUGGAUGAGCUCACUCAGUCCCGGCUGAGCUGUGUGUUAGUCUGGUCCCAGCCCUGCCCCUUCCCAGGUCACUAGUAUCUAGGACCGAGUGGCAGGACACCUGUUCUAACCAUCAAAGCCUUUGGCCCUUCUCCACGCAGGCCUCCACAGAGGCUUGGCCAACAGAGGUCCCAUCCCAGCCUGACUUUUGUCCCCAAGAGACCCAGACAAAGCACAACAGCAGCUCAGAGACAGGAAUAGAAAUUUCAUUAAAAUCUAUGGACUUUAAAACCCUAGUGGUGCACAACGGGCAGUGGCGGGUGGCACACCGUUAUUGCUACAGAGGAUUAGAGGUGGCUUGGCCAGGGCUGUCACUGCAGAGAUCACAGGAUGGACAAAUGGACACUGCAGGGAUCGGGAGAAGGAGCUCUGACUGCAGAGGGGGACGGGCACGUGAACUGGGGCCAUUUGGCACAUUAAACGGGGGUAGCACGUCUGGGAAGACUGGGCCUUCAACCUGGUGGAGGGUGGACAAGGGAAUGUCGUGCAGGGUCCCCUUCCCCAGGGCUCCAGGCUCAAACUUCCUGCUGAGAAGUCCCCUCUCUUUCCCUCCAUAAGUGCUUUGGGCAGGCUGCUGGGUCACAGCCUCGGCUAGCUGGGCCUGACGACCACGGCUGGGACAAAGGGCAGAGGCCCUGGAGCAGCCAAGUGAGGUGUAGGCAGGCCUGGAAGACAGACUGGAUCCAAGGCUGGGGCCGGGGGGCGGGGGUGGCAACCACAGAUGAUACCAUUUUUACAAAAAUAAUUACACAAAUAAACAGGGCUGGGUGAUACAGUCUAAGUAACACUGUGAGCCUGUAGCCCCUUGCCUUGUUCCAAGCAAGAAGAUACAGGUUUGCCUGGGCAGAGGCUGCGGUCAGGAACACUGGUCAUGAGGCUGGAGGGCAACAAGUGGGGUGUGGAACCAGAACCUCUUAUCCUCUGGUCAAACAGCUCAGGGCGGAGUAGGAAGGUAUCAGAGGCUGUGUGAAGCCUGGCAGGCCGCUGGGGACCUGGCCUGAGACCUCUUCCAAAGUGCUUUGGACACCCCCACCCCCACAGCAAUCCUCCCACGGCUUUCCCACCCCCGACUGCUGUCUUGGCAUCCAAAGGACGUGUAAACACUGGGGACGUGAGCACAAACGUCUGCACUAGCAGUGGUGGCCAAGGUGACAGCAGCUGUCUCCUGUCACACCUGUCCACUGCCUCCCCAGUCUCUGUGGUGGGAGCAAGGGUUGGGUGGGGCCUCUCCCCUUGCAACAACUGUGCUCAUAUCCGGGAGUCCUGGAGGCGGCUGGAGCCAUUACUGCCCACGAUGGGGAUCUGGGCCUUGUCCGGGUGCAGUGGCUGGACCUCAAACCCAUCUUCAGGAGAAGGGGCUGUGGUGGGGGCAUAGCGCCCAGUCCGAUGCUCCAGGAGGGCAGGGCCCCAGUCUCUGCUUGGCUUUGUGGCAUUUUUCAAACGCUGCAGGCAGGGGGCAUAGCGAAAAGAGAGUCAGAAGAGAAGACCCCUUAGGCUCCGAAGUGUUUCCACCCGGCCUGGCUGCCCAACCCUCUGCACUCCUCACCUGAAGAAGUGUGUCCCCAUCUGUGCGGCAGAGCUGGAAGAGCGCGUACAGUGGGAUGCAGAUGACGGACGACAAGGCCAUGAGGAAACCAAUGGCCACAGCCCAGCCCGGGUACUGGUAGUGGUUGUAGGUGAUUGGCCGGUAUUGGAUCACCGUGAAGAUAAGAAUGAA